GUGGAAUGAUUGCUGGAGUAAGAAAGGACUUAGAGAUUGUGAAGGCAGAGGCAGGUAAGGAGGGAAUGAUACAGCUUGAGAUAAGGAUGGCGGAAGAAGAAAUUUGGCACAUAAUAAUUGUAUACAACAGAGAGGGAGAGAAGGAAAAGCUGAGAGAAGUGGAGGAAUGCAUAGAAAGGAAUGAAGGAAAGAGGUUGCUAAUAAUGGGUGAUUUCAACGCAAGGAUCUCGGAUAAAGGAGGAACAUGCUGGAUGGGGGAAGAGGAGAAAAGAAAAUCAAAGGACAGGGUGAUAAACGCACAGGGGUAUGAAUUGCUGAAGAUGGUAGCGGAGUACAGUCUGGGGAUACUGAACAGAAGUAAGAAAAAUGAUGAAAAGGGGGAAUGGACUUUUGUAAGCAAAAUAGGAAGCAGC